CUCGCAGCGCCGGUCAGAUCUCAGAUUGUGUCGUGGGACAGAGUUUUGCGCUACCGACGAGGCAAGCGCUUCGCAUUGGCUGCUCUUGUUUAUCUUCUAGAAACCCUCUGGCCAACUGCGGAGAAAGCGUCGGCCUCUGAGUUUCAGCCGUGAGGGCGGGCGCCCCUUUAGUGGGGUAGACGUUUGCCAGGGGGCGCGAGAGACCCGCGAAUGAUGCGGGACAACCGGAGAACACUGGCAGUUUUGUAGGAGUUGGGGAAGCGAAAAAAGGCCGCGACACGCCCCGACUAGUCCCGUCCUUGUGUUUGUGAAUGAACCACGUGGCAGUGACUCACUCUCCAGGACCCGAUCUUCACAGGCGCUGCCGGGGGCGCCGAUUCUCUUUUCGCUCUCUUGCCCCGACCGAUCGCCACCAGGGCCGGCCCACCAUGGUGGGAAUCCGUCGCUCCCCGUAUCAUCUCACGGCCGUGUGUUGCUUCCUCGCUGGAAGUCUCCUGUCUCUGCCAGGAGAUGGGCAGAAUGGAUCAUCGGCUUCAUCAAGCACAGUUUCUCAGUUCACGCUUCCUCACCCUGAGGCUGGAAGCUUCCAGGCAACGACCACCAGUAUGGAUGACAUUAUCACAAGCACUCCACAAUUCAACGUCAGCAACACUGGUCAACCAGAUUAUCUGACUACUACUACACUUGGCUAUUUGAACACCACAGCAAGGGUACAGACUCAGACUGCAAAUAAUGCAUCUAAUAGUAGCACUAAUCCUUCUAUAUUUCUUACUCCAACUACAAACUUAAUGGAAACUAAUACAUUUGAUCUGGAUGAUAGAAAAUAUAUCAGUACCACAUCCUGGCUUGCUUCUAGCACUGAGAUCCUGACUACAGAAAUUUCUCAAUCAAAGGAGACACAAGGAGCAUCAGCUACUCCCCAGCCAAAAUCUUCUACGUUCACUACCACGGGGCCUACAAAAUAUACCAUGUUAGUCACGGACCAUGAGGCUUUCACAGAAGAGAACACUGUUGGCUCCACAUCAGCUCCAAGGACUGCUGUUGGUGAACAAGUGAUCACAAUAGAUACAUCCAGUACUUCUAGAUCAAUAACAUCCGAGGUUGCCUCCUCUACUGUCUUACACCACAAAAUCCUAUCAGCAGGGACAGAGCAACCAGCUAACCAUGAACAGAAGACAUCUGUAUUUGAUGUGGGAAACAACCAAGAUCUGCCCAGUGUACCAGUAGCCAGUCCAAUAGGAAAGGACCCCCUGGUGAUUGCUGUCAUUGUCAUUUUUGUUGUGACAGUAGGGAUUCUGACUCUCCUGGGUUUCUUGAGGUAUCGACAACGCAGCAGUAGACUACAGUUUAGACGUCUCCAGGACUUGCCUAUGGAUGACAUGAUGGAAGACACACCUCUUUCCCUCUACAGCUACUAAGCAAUCUAAAAUACGUUUUUUUUUUUUUUUUACAAAUCCUGUAAAGGAUGCCAAUUGGGAAGCAACUCUAAGAGUUUGGAGCUGCUGUACUGACUUGGAAAUAACUAUAGAGAUGCAAAUCAAAUGACUGACUUUCUUAAAAUGCCUUCUUUUUUUCUUAUUUUUGAGAAUUGGAAUCUUUUCAAGGUCCAAUUUCCUGACCAAGACCUUUUCCUCAUUAUAUCUGCAUUUUCUGUGACUGAAUACAUGCAGCGCUGGAGGAAAAAAUUCAGCCAGCUUUUCAAUUGCAAGCUUCAUAUCAAGGAAGGUUUUGUUGCAUUUUGAGGAAUUACACUGUAUGGGGCGUGGGUUUUUUUCAUAAAAAGUACAAAGUAUUAAUUAAGCUUAUGGAAUACGAUGUGUUACUUGUGAAUGGAAAUGCAACCAGACUGUGAUUGGGAGAUCAGGUUGGCUCCCUUAUUUUCUUUGAAUUACACUUCAAGUUUCUAUCAAGAUUAAAAAAAUGUUCUAGGAGGAAGUAGCGAUCUC